AUGAGGUCAUCGGCGGGUUUAAUUAAGCGUUUUCUCUCGAAUGCCAUAUCAAAAAAGACGCAAAAAGUUCCGCCUACCCAAAAUUUGACAUCGGAAUUUUUCGAACAUAUCCAACAUCAAGUCUAUGGAGACUCGCGAAAAAUUGAUAAGGUGGUUGUCAAUGUCACUCUUGAUGCAGAAACCCAGAAGCCUGUUCUAGUGAAUCGCAAUGUGUCGACACCUUUUCACUGCCUGACACAUAUUUCCAAACAAGUGGCUGAAAAUGCUGUUCUAGUAGAAGUUGAGCCAUCCGUUGGUGAAAAUUACAUCUGUUGCGUUCAUCAACCGAUAGAGGAUCAAGCGAGAAUUACGAAAAUUGAUUUUCAAACUACAUCAUACACUGACAUUUUGAAUGCAGCUUAUUGGAGGUCUUGUGGAAUUGCUACAGGCGCGAUUCUGAAAGAAUCAUUUUAUCCUGAAUUACUUGUUGAUUUCAAUGUUGAAAAUAAUGUUGAAGACGGAUUCUUCUCAGUGAAUGUUUCGGACUUACAAAAUAUUUCCUAUGACGAGCUCACCACAAUUAAUUCAUUCGGGAAAAAAUUCUUGAAAGAAGGUCAUCCUUUCGAAUGUAUCAAUGUUCCGACACAUAUUGCGGAAGAAAAUUCUUUAGACUGUAAAUUACUGGUGCGCCUGGGAAGACACGUGUUUGCUGCUAGCGGACCUGUUAUACAAUCUACUGCACAAAUUGGUCAAUAUAAAUUAGUUCAGGCUAAACCGAGAAACAAUAGUGUUCAAGUUUCUGGCGUAAGUCUUCCUUUUGCCCAGCCAACAACAUCCUACUCAUGGGGGUUAAUCGUAAAAAAUGCGUCCAAUAUGUGUAGGAAGUAG